GGUAGAAACCUUUAUAAUCUUCUACUCUCUCUCUUUCCAUUUCAUAUCUGAUGGAGUAUAAAAUAAAAGUGUUGCCCAAGUACAAAGCCAAAACUUUAGACAAGAGAAGCUAACCCAAAGUUCAAAGGGGGUGUGCAGACUGAGAGACCUCCUUCCCAACACUAACAAAUUUUCCAUUUCCAUCUUCUUGUGGGGGUUAGUGAAUCUUUGGGGUGAUUAUCAGAAGAAGAUAUGGAAGCAAGAGAGUGUUGUUCAUCAAGUACCAGCACAAGCACACAGACAACACCGAUGAAUUCAAGAAGUAAAACAAGAAGAUCAGAGAAGCAAUAUAGAGGAAUAAGGAUGAGAAAGUGGGGGAAAUGGGUAGCUGAAAUUAGAGAACCAAAUAAAAGAUCAAGAAUUUGGUUAGGUUCAUAUUCAACACCAGUUGCAGCAGCAAGAGCAUAUGAUACAGCGGUAUAUUAUUUGAGAGGGCCAUCAGCACGUUUGAAUUUUCCUGAUGCAUUAAAUCAUGAGAAACAAGAACAGCUUCAUGAUUUAUCCGCUGAAUCUAUCAGGAAAAAAGCUACUGAGGUCGGUGCCAGGGUUGAUGCUCUUGAAACAUCUGCUGUUGGUCUUGGUUUUCAUUCUUCAUCCGGGGGGAUAGUAUUUAACAGCAACAACAAUUAUUCUACUAAUUGUAGUAGUAGUAGCAGUGGUAGGCCUUUCAAGAUGAUACAUCCCGACUUAAACGAGAAACCCAAGAUUGAAACUUCAGAUGAAGACGAGUUCAUGUAGGAUUCGAACAGAUGAAGACAAGUUCAUGCAACAAGAUCUCCUCCUCCUCUUCUUUGUGUCCAUCUCAUCUCUUGAAGAAAAGGGUAUAUGAUGAUGGUUCAUGGAACAAGCUAUGAAACUCCUCGUACCGGUUCAGUAACUUGGACUUUCUGUUCUAUAUCAACGGUUGCGUUUUGAGGUGUAUUGGUCUGGUAAGUAUGGGUGGCCAAAUAUCAAGCUGAGACGGAAAAUCAUUCAAAAUCAUCUUGCUAACCUGCUGCAAGAGGAAGAAGAUGAAAGAAGCGUUUGUGUAUUACUUUUUCGUUUUUUUACAUUUUUCUUUCUUGGGAUUUUGUAAAAUUUUCAUGUUUUUUUUCUUCUUCUCAUAAUAUAUAAACAGGGAAAGAAUUUAUGUUUUUUCCCCAUGAUUCUGUUAUCAUGGGCAGUUUUUACCCACAGUGAUUUUCCAGUUUUAAUUAAUUUUCAAAUUCCAUGGCUAAUUAGUAUUCAA